CACUUUACUAGUGGCAUGGUUUCUUCAUGGGCUUGGGCUAAAGGAAAGUCAACUCAGUCUAUCUGGCAGCAAGUAUGUGCUUCUCAGAAAACCUUUGCUAGAUUUUACAAUCUCGAAAUCCCUUCUUUUCACCAAAUGUUUUGUCUGCAGUAAGGUGACAACUGACGUUCUAUUGGUCAGUUUCCACAUAUGGCUACGCUCCUUGCAAGCGGGUUUGGUUGGGGGGUCUAGGUCCUUCGUCUAGGUCUAUUUCAGGGGUAAUAUAAUGAGUGCAUGAACAUGGGCCUAGAUGGUGGUGACUAUGCUAAUAAUGUUGUUGCCAGAGCCCAGUGGUUCAAAAGCAAGGUUUACUUGAAGAACACUGUUUUUUGUUCAUUCUAAUAGAUGUUCACUGUUCUUUAUUUUGCUUUCUAUUUGUUGGGAUGCACUAAAACACUUUUAUUCACUCAAAUCAUGUGUCUUCCCAUAUCCAUAUUAAAAUGUUCGUGUUAGGGGUCCAGCCAGAAUAUAGUUUUAGCCUUCUUUGCUUUCAUGCACUUCUUAGUUGCCAUAUUAUUUUUCUAUCCAAAAUGUACAUGUGCAGCAGUAACUAUAAAGCACAAACUAAUCAGAACUGGAUGGACCCAUAUCUCAACUAUUACUCAGCCAAGUGCAAUGAAAACUGCCUGACACUAGUUGGCAGUAUACUUUUAUGCUUAUUUGCUUAUAACUCACAAACUAUGCAAACUAAUAUAAUGUAAUCAUCAAGUCAUAUAUUAUUUUACAUUUUAUAACUGCUGUUUAAUUUUAUGUUUGUUUAUUAUUUUGAUAGGAUAUACUUUACAAUUGCAAUAUUAUAUUGUGAUGGAAAUAUUUUAUGUAAUGGCCUCAGAAGGAGUCAAAAGGGUAUGUUCAACAUAGAAUGUUCAGAAAAGUGCAGACUAAGAAUAGUCAGAUCAAAAACUGUGUCUCUAUGAUUAAAUAAUCUAUAUUUACCCAAAAAGUAUUUAAAAUAGUAAAACUAACAGUCAUGUGGCAAACCAAUGACCAAAUCAGUAUAACCAAUUACAGUGAAGAAGAAUUGAGUGACAUUGAUUUUUACUCAACUACAAGGUUCAUGUAUCCCUCUGUUCAGGGAGUCUCUCUUGGUUGUUGUGACCAGUGGGCUCCCGGCCGUGAAUAAACUUUCACUCCUGCAAAGAGCAACUUGGAAGUGCUGUCUGGUAUAUGCUGCGCAGCUGAGGAAUAGAAGUACUAAAGAUUCUACACUCAAAAGACCACCGCAAAGUGAUAGUGUUGGAAGACUAUAGAGCCGUCCUCGGGCUGAGGCUGUGAUACUCAGAGUUAAUAUCAGCUGAGAAGGGCGAUGAGAGUGUAUAGAUGCUAAAGACCUGUGUGCUCAUGUGUGAUUGAGGUAGUGAUGGUAGCUUCUUCACAGGACGCCGUCACCAUACUUCAGGGAAGUAUUGGAUUGUAUUUUAAGUAUUCUGGGAAUUCAGGGAAUUAGCUCGAGAUACUGUAGUUAUUAUAUUAACAACUUGUUUGAAUUGUUAACAACCAUAUUAACAACCAUUGUGGUGAAGUCAGAUUAGUAUUGGGAAUUUCCACGACCAUAUAAUAAAAUUGUGGACUGUAUAUGUUUGUAAUGGAGUUGCCUCAUAUAAAUAAAUGAAUAGCUAUAUUAAAAGUGAAAAGAGUUUAAAUAAUAUUUAGUUUGACCUCCUGAGGUUGACAAUGUUUACUGAGGUUUAAACACCUACCUUCACUGAUGCUUUACUACAAAAGUGGAAUGGCAGAUUUGGCAUGCGUUCUUCACUGGUACAAGUACUAACAUUUCCAAAAAAAAAAAAAAAAAAAAAAAAAAACUUUCCCACACUUUUAUUUCCAUCUGUCAUUAACUACAUUCAUCAAAAGUGGUUAUACCUUUUUGAAGUUUAUGAACUUUUGAAGCCUCCACCUGAUAAAGCUUCCCACGUAUGAUUCACUUGAUUGGGUGUAAUCUAAUAAUAUGAUCAAAUUAAAAAAAAACAAUUACACAUUUUGUAACCUUACACAUCUGAGAAAAAAGAGAAACCACUCCCUCUGCGAUCAUAUAUAAUAAGGCCCUGCUGAGGUCCGAUUUAGUGACAAGACUCAUCAAACUCAGUGACUUGCUCUUUCACAGCAGUUCUACAUCAACAUCAUGGGUAAGUCAAAUAUUAUCUGCCGCUGACUGUUUUUUUAUAUGAUACAGUAUUCUCAUUUUGUGAUAGUUUAGCACUGCAUACAUUUUCUGCUUAAAUAAUUAUUCAAGGGUUUCAGGUGAUAUUUUCCAUGUUGUUUCUAGCAUGCCUUUUUGGAGACGUCCUGAAAAUAGACACCACCGGUGCAUCCGAGGUGACAGCAAAACAAGAUAAAUUAACCAUUAAGGGGAUCGAAGCCUCCAAAAUACUGGCUGAGACUGAUCUGGCCCGGAUAGAGAGAUACAAGAAUACAAUUAUCAAAGUUGCCAGAGCAAAGCAGAUGGACCCAGCUGUGAUUGCUGCCAUCGUAUCCAGAGAGUCCAGAGCCGGAGCCGUCCUGAAGGAAGGGUGGGGUGAACAUGGCAAUGCCUUUGGCCUCAUGCAGGUUGACAAACGCUACCACGCUCCAACAGGUACAUGGGACAGUGAGCUGCAUAUCGUACAAGCUACUGACAUACUGAUUAACUUCAUUAAAGAAAUUAAAGUAAAAUUCCCCAAGUGGACACAAGAGCAAUGCUUUAAAGGGGGAAUAUCAGCCUACAACGCAGGUUUGAAGAAUGUCCAAACGUAUGAGCGCAUGGACAUCGGCACCACAGGAGAUGAUUACGCCAAUGAUGUUAUUGCCAGAGCCCAGUGGUUCAAAAGCAAGGGUUACUGAAGAAAAGCAGCAGUAAAACCCUUACAUCAGUGCAGUCCUGAUCCUUAAUAUUAGGCCUACUGUACUGCUAUGGUUAGUUAAAAAUAGUUAUUAGAUGCUGAUGUAAUCUUUCACUUUUAUGAGUUUGUGGUGUUUUCAAAAUGAAA